UAUGCUAUAAAAAUCAUAUACCUUAAUAUAAAAUAAUACCCUAUUGACUGAGCUCAUAGCCAAUUGAUAAGCUCACACAUGUUUCUACAACGAAUCGAUAAGAAAAUUGAGUGGCACUGAUAAGACUCUAGGUCAAACACGAAUUCUAUAAAGAAAACUAAGAGGCGUCAGUUGUGUCGCGUCUCUCUGGCUGAAAACUCAUACGUUUGCUAAUUAAAAGCUCUCUCAACCCACAAAUAUAUUAUACGUCCAUUUACCCCAUAAACAAUAUAUAAAUUCGGGCGCAUUUUGUGCUCGUUUAGUGCUUAUGAAAUUGUAAAUAAAUACUAUCUGUGUUUGAGACUGCAACAGGUUCCAUUGAGUAAAUCAAACCUAGAGAUUAUAGGGGCUUACUUUAAGUUUAAUAUAUUCGUAUACCUUAAACUAUGCGGUUGAAUAUCAAUUGUGAGUAAAAGGAGUUACGAAUACUUGUUUCGGAUAUAGAUUAAGUUACGCAGGUCAGGAUGGUUCAGAUACUGAUACAUCGUCCCAACUGCAGUCCUCUAGUGGUGUUCAUGCUACUACUAAUCGACCACCGACUAAUUGUGGACUCAAGUGUUCCAGUACUGCAAAAUCCCUCAGAUGAAUACACAAAAUAUGUGCCGAUCGAGGAAAUGAAAUUGCCAGAGGAUCAAGAACUGGUGGUUCGACUGCCCUCAAACUCACUGCUCAAAUACACAUCCUACAAGGAUGUGUCCAUCUUACAUUUUGAUGUUCCACCCGAUUCUCGUACAGCUUUUACAUUCAAAGCGUUUGAGGAUCCCAAAAGUGCCUUUCAAAGGAAAUGUAAGCCCAAAGAUGUCACGCUGCAUCUGAAGGCGAGCAGUUACCCAGUUAUAAGUCCAGAAAAUAUAACUUUUCCAAAGAACUUCUUUACCACGGAACAGAGAUUCAAGAUCUAUGAUCUGCAGUUUUUAUCUGACGAGCAACAGCAGCGAAUUACUAUAGAUGGUCCUCAUAUAGGCAACUGGUUUGCGGUGGCAUGUAGCUGGUCAGAUCCCAAUAAUGACCGCAUUGAACAACAAGGACUCUCAGCCUCAUGUGACACACUGUUGUCCGCCGAGAUGUCCGUGUCCCGAUUCCGUCCGAUUAUCAUAAACAAUGGUCAGGAGCAUCAGGACAAUCUGACUAGUAUUGUUUUGCCCGAGCUUAUUGAAGCCAAUGGAACCAAUAUCAGGGAAGGACUCAACACAUCCAGAGCCCUGCGCUCCGUUCCGCCCAAGCAGCAGAAACAGAAGCCAGCAUCUGUAGUCAAAUCCCAACCCUUGGAUGAGGGGGAAUCCAGCCGAGCUGCUCAAUUUCAAAACAUUACGGAAAACCACAACAGCACACCGACCGCAAACAAUGAAAUCAUUUACAGAUUCUAUGUGCCAGACGAUAUAGGCGAUGCUACGGCCCGGAUAAUAUUCGACCAAGUGUGCGACGACUGUCCGGCGGUGGGCUUCCAUGUGCGGGCCAAUGGAUACCCGCUGGGCGGUACGGAUCAGAGUCACGGUCACGGCACCAUCAUCCGGCCAAACCAGACCGCGGAAAUCACAAUUCCGUUCGGCGUGCAGCCAAAUGCAUGGCACUAUGCCCUGUUGACCUUUGCCAACGGGGCGGAUGAAUCGGAAAUGGGCACUGAUACAAAUCACAGUCUAUCAUAUGCCCUGCAAAUUGAUUAUAUAACGGAAGAGCCGGCUAGCCUGUUGCAAAAACAGAAGAGUGUGAUGAACACUACCAACAGUUCCACUCCGAAUCCCUGGGAACCAACCAAGUUCCGUCAAAUGAACUUUUUCCUGCUGCGGCAAACGUACCGCGAAUUCUUUAUGUUCGACUACGAUCUCCGUCCGGAUGUUAAUGGCACGGUGCCCGAAACACUUAAUCUUACGGCACAAACCCAUUCAGGAUUCUCUUUUGACCUGGGCGAGGUUUCGGAUAUCGGAGGGACCCUGACCUUCGCCAUUUCCAUGAAGGAGGCUCACAGGGCCAGCUUGAGGAUGAGUCUGCCUACACAGUCUCCGGAUCUGGGUGGCAUCCUGGCCGAGAGGCUGAUCGGUGAUCCCAAGGAGGAGGUAGUGCCCGUCACCACAUCCAGCAACCAGAGCAUGCAGAUUGUCGUCUGCAUGCAGCUGGGUGAGCCGGGCAAGCCGGAAUAUCCGGACAAGUGCCGGUAUGGGCAACGACAGAAGCAGGCCUCCAUAGUUGUAAACCACACGGGCAUGGGCCUGGUCCACGUUCCCUUCCCAGAGAGCGGGCGGUGGUGAGUAUGUACCAUGGGUUUGUUCUGUCAUGGCUCCGGAACCGCUCUGUCCAUCAUGGAGAGCGUGAAGGAGUUCAUCAGGAAGCACCAGGACAUGUUGACGGAUAUGCGACCCCCAUGUGAUUGUGCAGAGUCCGUACCCCGCUAUGCCGCCUGCUUGAAAUCUCCGGAUUGCCUGGAGGCAAUGAACGAAACCGAGACACUCAAGGUGAAGGAGUGCAUUAUGGACGACAAGUGCAGCAGCAAUUUCAGGCAGAUGACGCCUUUCGUGGAGCACCACAAGGCGGCCAUGGAGCAACAUGUGGCGGUGGAGAACUGCAACACCUCGGUGGUUUUCUCGGUCUCCAGUCCCUGUGUGGCUGGUAGAUGUGGCCGCUUUGGGAGGUGCUAUCACUACAUGUCCGGCGGAUUCGUCUUCUCUACAUGCGUCUGCUCGAAGGGCUAUCGCGGAUGGGAUUGCACCGAGGAUUCACAGGUUCCCACCAACAUGUCCAUCCUGUUGGCCACACUGCUCCUCACACUGAGCAACCUCCUCUUUUUCCCGAGCAUCUACAUGGCGGUCAAGAGGCGGUAUUACACCGAGGGCGUCAUCUACUUUGCCAUGUUCUUCUCGAUCUUCUACCACGCUUGCGACGCUGGCGAGGAUGAGUACAGCUUCUGCCUGGUGAAGAUCGGGGUGCUGCAGUUCUGCGACUUCUACUGCGGUUUGCUGAGCAUCUGGGUCACCCUGGUGGCCAGCCAUAUCCGGUCGGAGUUCGUUUCGCUGCUGCACAUGUUCGGAGCCAUCCUGCUGGCUUUUGGAACAGAGCUGAACAAGCAGAGCUUGUGGGUAUUUUUGGCCCCAGCUCUAACGGGGAUCUGCCUGAUCACCAGCUGGGGGCUACGAUGUACCAAGUCCCGCAAGUUGUUCCCCUCACGGAGGUACCUGUCCGUGUGGCUGCCCUUUGGACUGACCCUCGUGGUCGCCGGUCUGGUGUGCUAUGCCUUCCUGCAGACCAAGCAAAACUACCACAUCGUCCACUCCAUCUGGCACAUGGUCAUGGCCUUGAGCAUCCUGUGCCUGCUGCCCUCCAGAAAGUCCUUCCUGCCGAAGUGCUAGCACGCGGGGUACAGUUCCCACGCCAGGGAGCUCCUGCUGGCUCAGGAUCAGGAGUUCCACAUGUGAGACGGGUGACCUCGUGGCUGGAAACUGGUGACUCGAUAGCUUUCCCUCGCUGCCCAGGGGAACAAUAACGUUACAGGACCUAAUCUAGUAUGGUAGAAUAAACCCUAUUUUAGUUGUACAUAAUAAUACUCAUAGAAGUAGUUGCUAAACUAAAAGGAUCUUGGAAUUGAUCAACUGAGCACUGAAUGUUCACUAAAUGGAUGCACGGAUAAAUAGAUGGAUACAGUUACUUAA